CAAGAAUGAAUUAAAUUAACUGUAAAUACUGCAUUGUCAUCAGUUUUAAUAGUUUAUGCUAAUCAUGCAGGUUGUUCUUGCUCAAAUAUGUAGGUUGAACACUACAUCAAACAGCAUUUCCUGGGGUACAUACCGUAUGCAGCACCAUUACUGACAUCAAAACAGAACUGUCAACCAGAUGAGUAAUAAAUCUGCGAUCUAAUGAGACGGGAGUCACUUUCAAGCUUUGGUUUUCUCUCAAAUGAACCAGUCAAAAUAUUUGUCAAUAUCAUGUAAAACGGAGCGUGAAAUUUCAAAUCAAUGGAGAACAUGGAUAGAUUUACCUGGCAGAGCAGUAUCGUCGAUGACAUUGAUGACAGUGGGGACAGUGAUGAGACCUACGGAGGGGCCAGCCCCUUGAACUCCUCCCUUCAAACUGUUGUUGACCUGUCUGGGUAUUGUAUCAAUGAACACAUGGCCAGUAGUGGCCACCUGGAGAAAUUCAAGGACCAAUCCUGUAAGCUGUGUCCCCUUGCUUCACUGGAAUCGCUAAAUGAUACCCUGCUUAUGUCUAAACAUGAAGUUGAACAUGCAACAGGACCGGAAAAUGCCAAAGUUGAGCAUACUUCACAUAAUGAAAAAUGUGAACAUGAAGAUGAACAUUCAACAGGACAAGAAAAUGCCAAAGUUGAGCAUAAUUCACAUAAUGAAAAAUGUGAAAGGGCAGAUGAACAUUCAACAGGACCAGAAAAUGCCAAAGUUGAGCAUAAUUCACAUAAUGAAAAAUGUGAACAUGAAGAUGAACAUGCAACAGGACAAGAAAAUGCCAAAGUUGAGCAUAAUUCACAUAAUGGAAAAUGUGAAAGUGCAGAUGAAAAUCUUCACGUUGAACAUACUCUACAUAAAGGCAAGUCUGAUCUUGAAGCUAACCAUACAACAGUGACAGCCAAAUGUGACAAUGAGGCAUUACAAAACCAGUAUGAACAUGUGAUUGAACAUAAAACAGUUACUGAUGGUGUAAAUGUCUUACUUGCAAUGGUUAAAAGUAAAGAAGAGGUGGUAAUUACUGUGAAGCCUCCUACUGAACAUUCUGAAAGGGAAGAGAUGGAAUAUACUGAGAAGAAAGAUGGCAAUGAGUUGGAAAAUGAUAGCAAGAAGUGUGAAACUGAAGACCAAGUGGUUGAAAUUGAAUUCAGUUCUGAUAGUUCUAGCACUAGCAGUGUUAAAGGAAAAGUUGAUGCUGAUGAGAACAGAACAUUACCUAAUAGACAUAGUGAAGGAUAUUCUAGUGCAAUAAAAGAUCUUCAGUCUUUGAGUUUAAUCAAUUCUGGUGUAAAUUGUCUUCAGAAUGAAACUGGAGACCUUGUAACAUCAGAUGAUGAUGAUGAUGAUGAUGAUGAUAAAAUUGAUGGACAUAAAACUAAUGGUGGAUCUAGUCAAAGAACUAAUAUACCAUGUGUUUCUCAGACUAUUAAGAAUUUUCUGGCCGAUUGUGAUCAUAUUGAUAACAAUGGAAUUUGUGAUGAUUUUGAAACAGAAACAAACACUGGGUCAGGGGAAGCAAUGUACAAUGAAGUUGGUGAUGAAGUUAAACAAGCAUCACUUGAUUAUGACAUAGAAGUUACAAAGUAUGAAAAUGAGGAUUCAGAUAGUGAUUUAGAAACAACUUUCACGGAAAAUACAAGCAGGGACAGGUAUAUGGUUGAUGGGAAAGAAAGAUCAGAAAGUCCAACUAUGAGGGUUAUUGAAACUGAUCAACAGAUAGAAAAUUAUCCAAAAUCUAACCAUGGUCAUUCUGAACCUCUGUGUUCGUCAACCCCAGUGACUGUUAGGACUGAAAAGAAAUUAGAUGCAGUGAAAACCAAUGACUAUCCAGUCUUGACAACAUUUAAACCCUCCGUUACUGUUUCAAGUACUGGAUCUACCGGAGGUAGUUCACAGCCUCUGUGUACUUCAACACCAGUGGUCAAGUCAGGAUCAGGUCUAAGAGUAAGGGACAUGAAUGUUCAGUCUGAUGUUAAUGAACUUGAUGAUAGAAAAGGAAAGAAACUUGCGAGAAGAAUAGAUAUGAUUGGUGACCUGACAAGCAUAUUGGCACCACCUGAUGACAGUGUAAUGGUAAAGGAAAAAAAUAAGGAAAAUUUAAAGGAGAAUAACAAGGGAAAAAGUAAAUUCAGCAGAGGACAUAAAGAAAGGGAGUCCCGGAAAGAGAAAGGAAAACUGAAAGGAACAAGAAAAGAGAAGUUUAAAGAAUACCUUGGACCUGGAUUGACAUCAGCUCCUAAUUGUGAGAACAAGACUGAUGUUACCACUUGUACGCUGACAGAAUAUAAAGGGUUUGGACUAACAGGGCCUUUGCCAGAGAAAGAUUCCGUUUCUGCACCAAAGGGUCUAACUGUUAGGGACACAAAUAUAAUAUCUGCUGAUGCUGGUAAGAAGAUCAGAAAGGAUGAAAAUGAUGCUCCAGGUAUUGCCAAAAUAUUUCCUGGAAAGGUUGAUCAUAGACCAGCAGGUCUUGAAGGAUUCAUGCUUGAUCCUAUUGACACUGAUGCAAUUAGGGCUAAGUUUGGAAACCACUUGUUACAGAGAUAUAACAAAACUGGUGGAUUUGUACCAAGCACGUUUGUACCAAAGCCAGCAAAGAAGGAUGCAAGAACCAUGGACAAUUCCGGCAAAAAGGUUGUUUUCAACAGAUAUUUUUCUGGUCCUGCAUUGAAAUGUCAUUCAAAUCCACAAGCAGUUCCAACACAUGGUAUUCUCCGUGGUACAAAAUCUCAUGGAGCUCUGAUUGGUCAGCCAGCUGGUAACAUACAGCCAGUUGCUUUUCAUGAUUUCUGUCCAGCUCUCCAACCGGAUGAAGCCUACCCAGGCAGUGUGGUUUCCUGGGCUACAAGCAAGGCGAAUAACUGUCCUGCCAAGGGGAGUACCUCUGUAGAAAAGGAAGAGAAUUCAGGUGCCAGCACGUCAGACAGGACUGAAGGGAGCAUGAAGGAGGUGGACCCGGCUGUGCUGCAGAAUGAAGGUCAACUGAAGGUGUCUGUGUACAUGAAUUUCGGUCUCCUCACAGUCCACGUGGUGCAGGCGCGGCAACUGUCAACAAAAUGGAAACCCACAUGCGACUCCUUUGUAAAGCUGAGUCUGAUCCCAGAUGAUGGGAAGAAGCCGCGCUGCAAGACCGAGAUCCUCAAAGACUCGAACAAUCCCUUAUAUGACGAGAAAUUCUCACUUGAGGUGACAGAGGAAGACCAGAACAAAAGACUGAUGCUUUCUGUGUGGCACAGGGACACACAUGCAAGUGUUAAUGAGUUCCUGGGUUGCAUGUCAUUCGGUGUCCGCCAUCUCCGUCAGCCCCACCGUGAGGUAUCUGGCUGGUAUUAUCUGCUCACCGAGGACGUUGGAAGGCGGAAACAUCUCGCUGUAGCUGCACACAGGCUCCGACCUAACCUUAAACUGCGCAGCAGCUCAAACGUCCCUGCCGUAAACAAAGAUGUCUGGGGAAUGGACACCCUCUCAUUGACUUUACAUCGAGGCAAACACGGGUUUGGUUUCACUGUAGUAGAUGGGUGCCCGGCUCGUGUAGGACGUGUAGACUGGGCAUCACCCGCUCUCAACGCAGGGCUUCAGCCCGGGGAUAUUAUCAUCCGCCUGAAUAAGCAGAAUGUCUCUCGAUCAACUGCUACUAGUGUAGCUAGGCUUAUCAAACUCUGCAGCAAUGCCAUGGUGCUUGAAGUACAACGCCAGAAACCCAUAACUUAUGAACAUGUUGAGACUGUUCCCGACGCAGACGAUGGCCUGGAAACAUGUGAUGGGCUCCCUUACAGCAUGGACGAUGUCAAUUGUGUUGAUAACCACACUGGUCAUUAUGACGAUCACACUGUUCCACAGAUGUUUACAAUAAACGGUGAUGAGGAUAAGGAAAAUACAUUGAACCAGACGAUGUACACGACAAUGGGUCCGGAAUUCGCUUCUUUGGCUACUAGUACUCCGCUUCCGCUACUUGCACGAGGACAUAGGACUGUACAAACCAGUGAAAGUAGCAAACAGGAGGCUAUACAUCGAUUGUUGACGAUUGAGCUAGACUUUAUUGACGUGAUGCAUGCUGGUAUGCAACGAUACUCACGACCUCUCCGACACUGCAUUCUCUCCCACUCCCAGCAUGCAACACUCUUCCAAAACAUUGAAAAGUUGACGACCAUCUCAGAGUACCAUGUAAAACAGAUGCACGACAACGCACCACAGUCAUUCACAAUGUCAUCAGAAGAUGACACAGACACGUCGGGGUCCAGUGAUGGCUUCAUGCGCUCGAUCGGCCUCAUAUACCAGUCCAAGGUUCACAUGCUUUGCCAGGCAUAUGAUCUUUACGCUAAAGGAAUAAGCGCAGGGAAUCAACUUCUAUCAGAUCUUCGACGAAAUGAUGAUUUUGUACGAUUUGUUCGGGAGCCUUCUCUGGAAUCAAAUCAACCGAGCAUCAGCUCGUUUAUCUACCGACCCGUGCAGCAUGUACGGGAGCUGUAUAAAGUGAUAAAAGACCUGUUUGCAAACACUGCGCCCAAUAGUCCAGACUACAACAGCCUCAAACAAAUCACUGAAGGUCUGCAGGAGUGCACAACAAACAUUACCAACUACAGUUGCGAGCGUGUCGAGAGUGUCUCCUCGCUGGCGUCCCGAGAUUCGCGGGGUCAAAGUUUUACGGGCAGUAUGCGGUCUCGCUCCUCCACCACCACGUGCAGCUCAGGAUCUUCUCGCGGCCCAACGUUUUCUGCUCCAAGGCCAGUCAAUACAGAAGUGAUGAAGAUACAGGAUAGGCUAGUGUUCUCGUCAAAUGUGCCGGUAUUCCAGCUAUGUGCAGAUGAACGCCACCUUCUGUUUUCAAGUGACAUGUUCUGGUGGGAGGGACGCCAGUGGCACAAGAUCCUUGUAUUCCUGUUCACCGACCUCCUCCUUCUCACAGCCCAGGAGCCAGAUGGUUUCCUUCGCGUACUGCGUGAACCCACCCCACUCCGUGACAUUGCGGCAAUGGAUGCACAGAGGUCACACUCCACUGAGUUUGUCCUCUACACGAGUCCAAAUCAGCCUGGUGCAACAUUGAGCGGGAAAUCUCGACUCGGCUUCCGAGCGCCAUCAACGGAGCAGAAGUGUGCGUGGAAGAGCUUGAUUGAGCAGCGUGUUUUCGCUGUUAGAGGCUCGAUGGAGUAUUACAGCAGCAGUAGUGAUGUGUCAAGUAGUUCAGCAUCAGCUAUUGUGAUAUAGACACUACAUUAGCAGUGGCGCAGAGAAACACAGAAAACAGUGCAGUGCAGAAUUAACAUUUUUAAAUGCAUCAUCUGCCUAUGUGUUGACAAUUGUGUGUGUGCUCAAUAAAAUGUUCAAAAAGCUUGUCAGGCAAAUGACAGUCUGACAUGAUUGGGGCUUUAGGAUGGUCAACUUUGACUAUCAGUGAAUAAUGACAGCAUGGGCGUCAUUUUAACUUUCAGCCAACUGAACAAGACCGAAGAUCUGAUGUUGAUGAUUGUUAUUGCAUUUUGAAGUUAAUGAGAUUUUUAAAGAUCUUUUGUUUAUGAACAUGAGAUACAAUGAACAAUUGUCAAAGCUUGCUUGGAGCAAAAAACGCUCCGCUUAUGCUUAUUUUAGGUACCUGUAUAUUUGACAUAUCUUGGUAAAGUCAGUGUAAUCUGUUAGAUUCUUUCUGUUCUUAUUCUUGCCUUUCUUCACUCUUACCUGUAUAGUUCUGUGAAAUCCAUCGCAACAUUUUAUGUACAGCUAUUUUAAUUGUGUUUUUACAUUGCAGCAAAUUGUCUUGUCAAUAUUGAUCUGGUCAGUAAUUUAUUUGCCUAUUUAAGCGCUUUUCAUGAGUUCACAAUUAGUUUAGCAUCAUAUUAUCAUUUUUAAACUUCACAGUAUUUUUGUUUGCUUAAUUACCUCAGCGUUUUAUGUUUUUUUUUAUUUAUUUUUUAUUUAAUUUUCGUUUCCAUCUUUUUUGUGUUCAUUUUAGUUUAAAUGCUCAGUCUUUUAUGCCCAUUUUAUAUUUGAUCUCUUAUCAAUUAAAAAAAAUUGUGAAAUCAGCUGACCAUUUUUUACUAAGCUGCCAAUUCAGUCAAAAAAGAAAUUUGUGCAAAAAAAUUAUUUGCACAAACUGACGAUAUUUGACCAUGCUGCCGAAAGUCUAGUGCUAGAACCAAUGGUCCCCGCUCAUGGUCAUCUUGAUUGAUCUGCUUGUAUUAUAACCUGUAAAUAUGAUGUUUAAUGACUUUGCUUGACCAAUUUACAUGCUUACACUGUUAUGGAAUGUUUGAUGUUGUUGUACUGCUAUUACCAAUAAAACAUCAUGUAAAGAC